AUGCAGGCGCUCGCGGCGCUCGCCGCGGCGCUCGUCGUCGCCGGCGCGCUGCUGCUCUUCGCCGUGUCGGACACGACGCCCACGGACGCGCUGUGGGAGUCGCUCGCGGGCGUGGGCAUCGCCUGGGACUGGGCGUCCGCCGCGGGGCGGCUGGACCCGGGCAGCGCUAGGGGCGUGCUGACGCGCGUCGUCGCCGUCGCUGUGUCCCUCGGGGGCAUGUUCGUCACCGCGCUGCUGCUGGGCAUCGUCAGCGAGCAGAUCACGGAGAAGGUCGAGCACUACCGCAAGGGCAAGUCGGACGUGCUCGAAUCCGGCCACACGGUCAUCUUGGGCUGGAGCGACAAGCUCUUCGGCGUGCUGGAGCAGCUCUGCCUCGCCAACGAGUCGCUCGGGGGCGGCGUCGUCGUGCUGCUGAGCGACAAGCCCAAGGAGGAGCAGGAGGACGCGCUCGCGCAGCAGGUGCCCGAGACGCGGGGCACGACGGUCAUCUGCCGCCAGGGGUCGCCCCUCGUGCGCGAGCACCUCGACAAGGUCUCCGCGGAGCACGCGCGAAGCGUCGUCGUCCUGAGCGACGACACGCUCCGCGCGGACCUGUGCGCGGACCAGGCGGACGCGCGGAGCCUCCGCGUCGCGCUGAGCUUCGUGAGCGAGGCGCGCCACUGCGCGCCGGCGUCGGACCGCUGCAUCGUCAUGGAGAUGCAGGACGUCGACAACGAGCCCCUCGUGCAGCUCGUCGGCGGCGACCACGUCGAGACCAUCGUCACGCACGACCUCAUCGGGCGCCUCAUGAUCCAGUCCGCGCGCCACCCGGGCCUGGCCCAGGUCUGGUCCAUGCUCCUGGGCUUCGACGGGUGCGAGUUCUACAUCAAGCACCACGCGGAGCUCGACGGCGUCUCCUUCGGCGACGCGUUCCUCCGAUUCGACGACGCGGUGCCCAUCGGCGUCAUCCAGGGCUCGGGCAAGGACGCGACGAUCUGGGUCAACCCCGAGGACGACCUCGUCUUACGACCGGGCGACAAGCUCAUCGUCAUCGCCGAGGACGACGACACGUACGCGCCGCGGACCCGACCCUUGGAGGUCGAGGUCGCGUCGCCGUCCGACGGCGACCUCCGCACGUUCCGCGACGACCGCGCGCUCUCCAUGGACGACGAUAACGCGGAGCGGCCCGAGUGCGUCCUCUUCUGCGGCUGGCGCCGCGACAUGGACGACAUCGUCCAGGUGUUGGACGAGUUCGUCACGCCGGGCUCGGAGCUCCACAUUUUCUGCGAGCUGCCCGCGGAGGCCCAGGCCGAGCGGCUCCGGGAGCAGCGGGCGACGCGGAAGCGGCCGCUGGAGCUAUCCAAUUUAACGGUCUACCACAGCGAGGGGCUCCUGUGCAGCCGCCGCGACCUCGAGGAGAAGCUGCCCAUCUCGUCGCUGUCGUCGAUCGUGAUCCUCGCGGAGGAGUCGGAGGACCUCGACGCGACGUCCAAGGACUCCCAGGCGCUCACGACGCUGCUCCUGUUGCGCGACAUCCACGCCUGCGACGCCACGGACGCCGUCCACGCGGCCAUCAUCUCGGAGAUUUUGGACUCGCGCACGUCGAAGCUCAUCGCCGACGCGCAGAUCAGCGACUACGUGCUGAGCAACGACCUCGUCGCGAACGCGCUGGCCAUGAUCGCCGAGGACCGGACCGUGAACAAGCUGCUGAAGAUUUUGAUGGAGAGCGAGGGGUCCGAGUUCUACAUCCGCCGCGCGGCGGACCUCGUCGACGUCGGGCGGAAGCAGUCCUUCUUCGACGUCAUGCGCGCGGCGCGCCUCGCGUUCCGGGGGCCCGAGAUCGCCUUCGGCUACGUCCGCGCGGGCGAGGAGCCCGUGCUCAACCCGCCGCGGAAGCGCGAGCUCAAGCGGUGGCUCAAGACCGACAGCUUCAUCGUCCUCGCCGAGGGCUGA